ACAGGAAGUUCUAUGAGGGAAGAAGUCUAGAGAAGACAUUGCUGGAAGUGGCAGCUGAGGAGCUAUCCGUCUACAGAGAGACCGGCAUAGAUCACAUGACCAAUGAGGAUGGAGAAGGACCGGAGUCACAUGACUGAGAGGAUACUAAAUCUCACCCUGGAGAUCAUCUACCUGCUGAUUGGAGAGGUGAGGAGGAUUCUGGGAGGUCACAUGACAUCACUCUUAUCUCUAUUAUUAAAACACAGACCUGACCGGAGAGGAACAAAGAGCAGAAGAUCCUGGAACUGACCUCUAUGAUGGUCCAUCUGCUGACAGGAGAGGUUCCUAUAAGGUGUCAGGGUGUCACUGUCUAUUUCUCCAUGGAGGAGUGGGAGUAUUUAGAAGGACACAAGGAUCUCUACAAGGACGUCAUGAUGGACAAUCAGCCGCCCCUCACAUCACCGGAUGGAUCCAGUCAUGGGAACCCACCAGAGAGAUGUCCCCGUCCUCUGUAUUCUCGGGAUUCCACACAGGAAGGUCACACCAUCCCUCAC